AUGGCGGGGCCACGGGGCGCGCUGCUGGCCUGGUGCCGCCGCCAGUGCGAGGGUUACCGCGGCGUGGACAUCCGCGACCUGAGCAGCUCCUUCCGGGACGGCCUGGCCUUCUGCGCCAUCCUGCACCGGCACCGGCCCGACCUGCUAGAAUUUGAUUCACUUUCCAAGGACAAUGUUUUUGAGAACAACCGCUUGGCCUUUGAGGUGGCCGAGAAGGAGCUGGGGAUCCCUGCUCUCCUGGACCCCAAUGACAUGGUCUCCAUGAGGGUCCCCGACUGCCUCAGCAUCAUGACCUAUGUGUCACAGUAUUACAACCACUUCUCCAGCCCUGGCCAAGCUGGUAUGUCAGCACCCAGGAAAAGCUUGACAACUUCCUCCCCACCUUCUGAAGCAGACACCCCAGUGGAACCAGGAGACUCGUCUCAGGCUGAGGAGCUCUCCCCGGGCAGCCUGUCGGAGCAGAGCACCCACCAGACCCCAAGCAGCAUAUGCGCCGCCUGCCAUCAGCGUGUACACCUGGUACAGCGGUACCUGGCCGAGGGCAAGCUGUACCAUCGGCACUGCUUCCGGUGUCGGCGGUGCUCCAGCACCCUGCUCCCUGGAGCAUACAUGACUGGGCCCGAGGAGGGCACCUUCGUGUGUGCGGAACACUGUGCCAGGCUGGGCCCAGGGGCGCGGUCAGGGACCAGGCCUGGUCUCCUCUCACAAUCCAAGCAGCAGCCGGAACUUGCAGAAGACGCCAAGGACGUUGACAGAGGCCGUGCUAGCCUUCGCAUGUCAGCAGUGGCUGAAGCCGAUGGGCCCAAGGCCAGUGCUGAGGCCCGACCCCAAAUACCCAGCAAGCCCCACAUUCCCAGCAAGCCCCAGGAGCUGGCCAGCCCUCCAGCCAGCCGCCCCACCCCUGCCCCCAGAAGGGCAUCUGAGAGUGUGACUCUGACACCUCCCACGCCCCGGCCCCGGUCCAGUCUGCAGCACGAGAAUCCGGUGGAGCAGGGUGCUAAUGGCGGCCUUGUGAAUGGAAGGCUACAUGAGCCACCCGUCCCAAAGCCUCGAGGGACGCCCAAACUAUCAGACAGGACACCGGUCCCUAGGAAGGAUCCCCCAUGGAUCGCACUGGUGCAGGCAGAGCCAAAGAAGAAGCCAGCCCCCCUGCCCCCGAGCAGCAGUCCCGAGCCGCCCAGCCACAGGGGUGUGGAGAAUGGCAUUGAGGAGGUGGUCCCACAGAGCCUGGAGCCCAAGCCCUACAACCCCUUUGAAGAGGAUGUGGAGGAGGAGGGGUCCCUGGCUGCAUCCAGCCUGGCCACCGGCUCUGCCCCAGCCCACCGGGAGUCCACCCCCAAGUCCCUGCACCCCUGGUACGGCAUCACCCCGACCAGCAGCCCCAAGACAAAGAAGCGCCCUGCCCCCCGAGUGCCCAGCGCUUCCCCACUUGCACUCCACACCUCUCGCCUCUCACACUCGGAGCCCCCCUCGUCCACCCCAUCGCCCGCCCUCAGCGUAGAGAGCCUGUCGUCCGAGGGCUUCAACCAGACCUCUGGCGGGGAGCUUCUGGAACCACCACCUGUGCCUAAGAGCUCGUCGGAGCCUGUGGUCCACGCCCCUGGUACACCGGGCACAUCUGCCAGCAUCUCUGCCGACUCUUCCCUGUCGUCCUCGGGGGAGCUGGUGCAGUCCCGCUCAGACCAGACGCCUCAAGCCAGCCCUGGUCUUAGCACCAAUGCGAGGGGCAGUCCAGGGGCCCAAGAGGCCAAGCCCUGCAGUGGUGCUGCCCCCACCCCUCUCCUGCUGGUUGGAGACAGAAGCCCCGCAUCUCCUGGAAAUACAUCUCCCCAACUCCAGGUAAAGUCUUCCUGCAAGGAGAAUCCUUUUAACCGGAAGGCUUCACCUGCCGCCUCCCCAACCACAAGGAAGGCCACCAAAGGAUCCAAGCCAGCAAGACCACCAGCCCCGGGACAUGGCUUCCCGCUUAUCAAGCGCAAGGUCCAGGCUGACCAGUACAUCCCCGAGGAAGACAUCCAUGGAGAGAUGGACACCAUUGAGCGCCAGCUGGAUGCCCUGGAACACCGUGGUGUCUUGCUGGAGGAAAAGCUGCGUGGUGGGGUGAAUGAGGGCCGUGAGGACGACAUGCUGGUGGACUGGUUCAAGCUUAUUCAUGAGAAGCACUUGUUGGUACGGCGGGAGUCUGAGUUGAUCUAUGUCUUCAAGCAGCAAAACCUGGAGCAACGUCAGGCUGAUGUGGAGUAUGAACUCCGGUGCCUUCUCAACAAGCCGGAAAAGGACUGGACGGAGGAGGACCGCGGCCGGGAGAAGGUACUGAUGCAGGAACUUGUGACCCUCAUUGAGCAGCGCAACGCCAUCAUUAACUGCCUAGAUGAGGACCGGCAGAGGGAGGAAGAGGAAGACAAGAUGCUGGAAGCCAUGAUUAAAAAGAAAGAGUUCCAGAAGGAGGCUGAGCCCGAGGGCAGGAAGAAGGGGAAGUUCAAGACCAUGAAGGUGCUGAAACUUCUGGGGAACAAGCGUGAGAACAAGAGCAAGUCCCCUGGGGACAAGAGCUAA